GUAUUUAAUUUGUGGAUAUUGGAUGCACUGAUUUUUCGUAAGAUACUGUUCUGAAUUCAUGUUAGAGUUAGGUGGAAUGGGAGACGUGUCCACAGUAUAUAAAAGAGCGAUGCUACCGCGGAUUGGCUUCUGAACUAGGGCUGAUUUAUUCGUUGGAUUGUUCUUAUUGUUUUUUCUUAUUAGACAAUACGAAUUAUCCUCGCAAUGGCCCUCAGUCAGACAAGUGUGGUGAGUAAAUAUGAAUAAAAACAAUGACUGAUUAAAAAAAAAGAAAACAGUUAAUUGUAAUCAUCACGAUGACGACAAUGACGGUUUUAUCACUUUAUGUUAACAUCAUUGUCAUUGUUAUCCUCAUCUUUGAUCCCUUUUGCUCCAACCAAAAAUUAUUCUCUUCGUUAAUUAUUCUUUUUCAAAUCAAAUUGCUUUGUAAUUUUUUGAUAAUUGCAAAUUUUUUGCUGGUAUAACAUUAAAGUUUUAAAACGUUAUCAAUGAGAAUUUAGAUUUAUUGCAAUGGCUCUUUCAGACAAGUUUCUCUAAAAAUUUUUUUAGAUUGUUGUAGGUUAAGAUGAUAAUAUUUUGAUAUUGGUUUCAGCGUUUUUUUAUGUUUUUUUGUGCCAUUGAAUCGCAUUAGACAAUGAUUUUCGUAUACUUUAUAAGUAAAGUAUAUUUUCUAAAUUUCCUUGAACAAAACGCAGAAAUGUAGGUAAUAGUAGCAAAUAAUUCAUUCAUAAAUAGAACCUUGGAAUUUCAUGGAAUUUUAUGAAUGAUAUUAUUUGUAUUAUAAUGAUAAUAUUUUAAUUCAUGAUUAAUCUUAAUCUCUAAUUUUAUAUAUAUAUAUAUAAAUUAUAUUAAUAUAUUUUAGAUUGACAUAUUUCAAACUAGACUUCAAUACAAGAUUGAGAUAUAAAGUAAAAAAUAAAGUAAUAUGAAUUUUAAGAACAUUAAUUGAUAACAACAUCCAUAUUAAUUACAGCUGAAACUGUAUAAUACUGUGAUAGAGGAUGUUAUAUCAGGUGUAAGGGAAUCAUUUAUAGACGAAGGUGUAGAUGAACAAGUAUUACAAGAACUCAAACAAAUAUGGGAAACCAAACUAAUGUCUAGUAAAGCUGUUGAACUUAAUCCAGAUCCUCCAGAGCCUCAAGUUCCCCAAAUAAAUACGCACAAAGCUGUGCCUGUUAACAAAGGAGGAAAUAUAGGAAAUCAUUUUGUACAACAAACAGGAGGAAAUUCUGUUUCUCAACAAGCAUCCCAACAACAGCAACAACAAUCACAACAGCAGCAAUCUCCUCAGCAAACUCAGACACAAUGUCACUCAACAACAACUGGUAUACAACACACUGGUACACCAGUACAGCAAUUAGUAACAUCAACAUCAGCAGUAAUGGAUCGGCAAGUACCUAUUCAAAUAACAUUACCACCACAGACAGGCGUUCCUGAUGCUCCAUUAAGAGUUUUAACCAUUCAGGUUCCUGCAUCUGCAAUUCAAGGUAACCAAUUACAUACAAUUUUAACAGGACCAGUUAUUACAGCUGCAAUGGGAUUACCAGCAAAUUUAGCUUCCACAUUACUCCAGCAACAUGUUAAUUCCACACUUCAGGGUCAAGCAACAUUGGCUCCACUUCAAGUUGUUACACAGAGUACAAAUAAUGUUUCUCAAAGAUCUGUCCAAAAUCAAAAUAAUAUAGCACAAUUAGAUGGGCCACUUGGAGAUUCGUCAGAUGAUGACGAAGAGGAAGAAGAAGAGGAUAAUGAAGAUGAAGAAGAAGAUCUUGAUGACAAAGAAGAAGAAGAAAAUGAUGAAGCUGCAACAAGAGAAGAGAUAACAAGGAGUAGAAAUAAAUGGAAAUUCUACCUCAAAGACGGAAUAAUGAACCUUAGCGGUAAAGAUUAUGUUUUUCAGAAAAUGAACGGUGAUGCGGAAUGGUAG